AUGAGUCGAUCGCCGUACAGGGACGACGGCGCACGCCCAGCGAAGCGACCGCGUCCUGAUGCGCCCCCUGACCUCUCUGCGGAUCUGAGCAGCAUUCCGGAGGUAAAGUUGUUAAUUGUGGAGAACAAUGCACAAGUGCGUCCAAAGCACCGCCGGCACCAGCGAGACUUUCUCAACCACGCCUUCGACGCUCUAGGCACAGCGGCAAAGCAGGAUCCGAGCAGGGCAGAAGUAGCCUUGAGCUUCCUUGCAGAGAUGGCUACAAAGCAUCAGGAGCUGCCACGCAGCAGCAUCAUGUCCAAGGUGCUUUACAUGUGGUGCACACCAGACCUAGUUGAGUCCGGGAUCCGCGCCGUGGAAAGUCUUCUGUGGAACCGUACAAAGCUGCCGGAGGCUUUCCUCGGCGCGUUCGACGAGCGUGUGGCCGCUGUGGCGCUCCGGCUCGCAGUCCAGUCGUCAGUUGUCGAUGUUGCGCUCUUCCGCCGCAUCUUGGAUGCUCUUCCGGAGAGCGCCUUCAAGCGCCGCGUUUUUAAUCCCCUAUUUGUGUAUUGCCACAACGUCGCUGAUGUAUCGCUGUGCUUUGAGUUCUUCGACAUGGCCCGCACAAAGGGACUAGAGAUGUGGGACAACGACUACAAGGAAGUGCUUUGCACUAUUGCCGCCGCCCGCGAGAAGGCCGCCGUAACUGCCGCCGAGGCAGCCGAGCGUACGAGCCUCGUCCUGGAUGAGAUGUCACGGAACCACCCUGUUCUGGGGGCCGCAAAUGCGCAGCUCGUUCGUGAGCUGCUUGGUGGUACUGUGUCUCCGGUCAGCGAAGAAGGCGUCUGCUCUCACUGCGGCGCACAGCUUCAGAGUUUCGACCUCUCUCCCGAAGACCGGGCAGCGCUGGUGCAUGACCUUGUCGAGAAGCUUGUCAAACCGCGGCUGCAGGGCUUCAGCCGCUACGAGCCAGACACGGAAGUGUCGGAGGACAUUAUAGGUCAGCGGUGGAGGGAGUUCGAGGAGUUCAAGGCGGCGGCGGAGACAAUGUCGUACGACACCGUGAUCGACGGCGCCAACGUAGGCUACUACGGGCUAAGCAGCUGGUAUGCCGAGGCUAAGGACUCGUUGCUGCGCUCCCGCGGUGUCGACCCGUCCUCGGUCCCGUCGUCAGAACGGUUUAACGUGCCCUUCCCAGUCGACGUGGCCCCAAAGUUCUCCCUCAUUGAGGACAUGCGCAUAGCUGCGGAGCGGAACGGGAAAAAGACGGUGAUUGUUCUGCACAACCGCCACCUGGCUCAACUCACUCCGGAGAAUGCCACUUAUGCGCAGAGGUGGCGGGAUAUGAGUGCGUUGCUCCCGAGCCCUCCGUUUCUCAACGACGACUAUUGCUGGCUCUACGCGGUGCUGACGCGGCAAGAUUCCUGCAUCAUUUCUAACGACCAGAUGCGCGACCACUAUUUCAGAGUGCUGCAGCCGCGCUUCUUUCUGAGGUGGCGGCAGCGACACCGUAUCACGUACAAGGCGUUCUACAACAGAACCGCGCGGGCUACCUCGUUGCGCAUUUAUCUGCCUCGGGCGUACUCGGUGUGGGUGCAAGCGUGCGGAGCUGCCUCACAGUACCACUGGCACGUUCCGUACAUCUCGGACAUUGACGUCAUUCAUCAGGCCACAAAUCAAACCAUCUCGACGAACGCCAGCAUUGAUUUGGGCAAGGACGGAGAUGACGAGUGCACGGAUUGGAUCUGCACGUGGCGACACUCUUAG